AUUCCACAAAUAUCACCUUUAAGAUGAUUAGCCUUAUUCCUAGUUUUCUCAGUAACAUUUGUUAUUUUCAGUAUUAUAAACUAUUAUUCAAUAAACUACUCAGCUUCAACCAACUCAAAAAUAAAAACACAAUUAAAAAAAAUUAACUGAAGAUGAUAG